CGCGCCGGCUGCCUCGCACCGCGGAUCGCGCCGCGCCGCACUCCUGUCUGUCUCUGCACUCUCGGACUCGUCUCCCAUCCCUGGGGCGUGGGAUCCCCUUCCGACCAAGGCAAGGCGAGGCGACCACCUGUCGCCGCCGCCGCCGCCGCCAUGAAGCCUCCGCGGCGCCGCUAUGGUUUACUCGCGGUGGUCGUCACUCUCAUCGUCCUCGCCUCCCUCCAGAUCCAGUUCCACCACCUCAAGGAGGACCGUCUCACCGGGGACCGCACCUUCGCCACCACCACCACCGACCCCGUUCACUGGCGGACCGGCGCCGAGGGCCUGCCACGCGGCAUUGUUCACUCCAACUCCGACAUGUACCUCCGCCCUCUCUGGGACUCUGGCGCCAACCCCAAGAAUAAAAACGAUAAUCACAAUGCUCUUUUGGCGAUGGCAGUCGGCAUUUCACAAAUGCAGAAUGUAGACAUUAUGGCCCGUAAGUUUCUUAACCAAAACUACACAGUCAUGCUCUUCCAUUAUGACGGGAAUGUAGAUGGAUGGCACAAUCUUGAGUGGAGUGAUAAGGCCAUACACAUACUUGCUCGUAACCAAACAAAGUGGUGGUUUGCUAAGCGCUUUCUACAUCCUGAUGUUGUGGCUAUCUACGGUUUUAUCUUUUUAUGGGAUGAAGACCUUGGAGUGGACAACUUUGACCCGAGAAGAUAUCUUGAUAUAAUGGUUUCUGAAGGAUUGGAAAUUACACAACCUGCUCUGGACCCUGAUCUAUCGACUGAUAUUCACCAUCGGAUCACAAUCCGCAACAAGAUGAUGAAAGUGCAUAGGAGAAUAUAUGAUAACCGUGCAAGUAUGAAUUGUUCUGAUGGAAGUAAAGGACCUCCAUGCACAGGGUGGGUUGAGGGCAUGGCACCUGUUUUUUCUCGGGCUGCUUGGAGAUGUGUAUGGCAUUUGAUUCAGAAUGACCUGAUCCAUGGAUGGGGCCUUGACAUGAAGCUUGGUUAUUGUGCUCAGGGUGAUCGAGCUGAGAAGGUUGGCGUAAUCGACAGUGAGUAUGUUGUUCAUCAAGGAAUACCAUCGUUAGGAGGACCAUCACUAAGCAGCUCAAGAAUGAAGGCUAUACAUACUGUUACUGACCUAGUUUUCUCACUACAGACCCCUCGGAGAUCUCUGGAUUUACGGACCCACAUUAGAAGACAAUCGUCUGCUGAGCUGGAGAAGUUUAAAGAGCGCUGGAACAGAGCUGUAAGGGAAGAUGAAGAAUGGACAGAUCCUUUUGAUACUUGAUUACUUUGAAAGAAGAAUCCGAUACAAAUAUACAAGCCCACCUGAUACAAAUAUACAAGCCCACCUCACAUUAGAGUUGCAGGACAGUCCACAUCGAUUACAAUAAUUGGACUCGAGAUCAUCUCACAUGGCAAUCUGUGGGCUUCAUAGUAAACGGUUUGUUACAGACAUUUAUCUGACUAGCGUUCACCAUUAUGUCCUCAAGAGGUGAAGAGCCACUGGAUACGGUACCAUCAACACAAGGAUCAAGGUGCAACUGAACGGCAACCCAAACUAACCAGAGACUUAACACAGUGUCUUGUAAUUUAAUUUAAUUCCUCAUUUCACUACGGGUGUAUAGUGACAUGAUAUACACACUUGUGCAGUUAUCUUAAUAGCAAGUUUCAAAGAACAAACCAUGCAUAAACGCAAUACCUCAGUAGUGGAGCUGAACAGCUUUGGUAACACAAUAUAAAAGAUACGGUUAUGCUAAA